AUGGAAGGGGAGAAGGUCUGGAGCUGGGCCCUGAGGAUCAAGUUGAGGAGGGCAGGGGAAGCACAAGCAGGAGCAGUUAUGGUCCCAGAGGGAGCUUCCCAGGAGAUGGAGAUGCUGGAUACUAAUGCCUCAAAGGAACAGAGCUUCUGCAAGUUCUCGGAGGACUACAAGCAAAUCUACCUCUCCCUGACCUACAGUAUCAUCCUCGUGCUAGGGCUGCCCCUGAAUGUCAUGGUCUUGUGGCUCUCCUGGCGUCAAAGCAAGCGCUGGAGCUGUGCCACCAUCUAUCUGGUGAACCUGAUGGUAGCUGACCUGCUUUAUGUGCUGACGCUACCCUUUCUCAUCAUCACCUACUCCCUGGGUGACAGGUGGCCCUUCGGGGAGCUGCUGUGCAGGCUGGUGCGCUUCCUGUUCUACACCAACCUCUAUGGCAGCAUCCUGCUACUGACCUGCAUCUCUGUGCACCGCUUCCUGGGCGUGUGCCACCCCCUGCGUUCACUGCCCUACCGGACCCGCUGGCAUGCCUUCCUGGGCACUGCCACCACCUGGGCCCUGGUGGUCGUCCAGCUACUGCCCACACUGUUCUUCUCCCAAACAGACUACAUCGACGGCCAGAUGGUCUGCUACGACAUGACAAGCCCUGAAAAUUUUGAUCGGUUUUUCACCUACGGCAUGGUUCUAACGUUGUCUGGCUUUCUUUCCUUCUUUGGUCAUCUUGGUGUGCUACUCGCUGAUGGUGAAGAGACUGAUCAAGCCAGGAGAGACCCUCAUGAGGACAGGCAAUGCAGCCCGGACCAAGUCCAUCCGGACCAUCUUGCUGGUGUGCGGCCUCUUCACCGUCUGCUUUGUGCCCUUCCACAUCACACGCUCCCUCUACCUCACACUCCGCUACCUAUCUUCAGAGGACUGCCAGCUCUUGAUGGUGGCCAGCUUGGCCUAUAAGCUAUGGAGACCACUGGUGAGCAUGAGCAGCUGCCUCAACCCAAUCCUGUACUUUCUAUCAGGGGGAACAAUGGAGUCAGGCUCUUUCAGGAACUCAGGCAUAACAAGGUGGGUGAGCACCCAGCUGGACCAAGGGAGAGAGACCCAGGGGUGGGCAGAUCUGGGUACUGA